AUGAAGAUCCGCAACGAGGCGGAGAUGGAGGAGCAGAUCCAAGAGCUGAAGACCAUCACUCGGCUCCAGGAACAAUGUCGGGCGCUGCAGAUCCAGUCAGUGAAGGAGAAGACAGUCAAGAACAAGGCCACGCUGGCUCUCCUGCGCAGCAACAUCCGCCGCAGGUCCCAGGAGUGGGCUUUGGCCAAGAAGUACGACCAGUGGGCCAUCUCCAGGGCCUGCGGGAAGGACGUGCCCAUGAGGCUGGCCAACAGCCGCUGCACCAUGGAGGUGGCGCGGGAGAAGCUGCGCAAGUAUGUUUUCGACCGCGUGAACGUGCACAACGUGCUGAUCCACUUGGUGCGGCGGCGCGGGCGGAAGCUGGAGAGUAUGCGGCUGGAACUGGCCGGCCUGAAGAGCCAGCCGGACGCCACCAAGGAGGAGCUGCGCCUGCAGCAGGUCAUCCGUCAGCUGGAGAACAACAUAGAAAAGACGACGAUCAAGAUCACCACAAGCCAAAAUAUCCACCUCCUGUAUAUGGGCCUGCUGGACCACCUGAAGAAGAAGCUGGCAGGAUACCCCACAGAGCUGGACAAGCUGCAGAAUCUCGUGAGCAACUACUGCUUGGAGCUGUCGGACAUGACGGUCAUGUCCCAGGACGCCAUGAUGAUUACGGAUGAGGUCAAGAUGAACAUGAGGCAAGGGGAGGCCACCUUCAUCGAGGAGCGCCGGGCACGAGAGAACCGGCUGAACCAGCAGAAGAAGCUGAUCGACAAGAUCCACACCAAGGAGACCAGCGAGAAGUACCGCCGGGGCCGGCGGGACUUGGACUUCCCCUCCAACCUGAUGGGUCCGGAAACUCUGAAAGUGAGGAAGAGAGAGGCCUCCAAGGCUGACGUCGAAUACGAAACGAAUGUGACUGCUCUGGUGGAGAAGGUCAAGACUGCCGUGCAGUGCUCCCACCUCUGGGACGUUGCCGGCCGGUUCCUGGCUCAGAAGGGCACGGAGGAGGACCUGGAGCUGCAGAAGGAGGACUGUGAGGAGAGGCGGGCGCAGCUGGAGGCCUUGAUGAAGAAGCUGGAGAUAGAGGAGGCCACGCUCAAGUUCCGCCAGACGCCCAGCUCCGUCAGCUUUAAGUCUGUCGAGAAGAAAAUGAACGAUAUGCUGAAGGAGGAGGAAGAGCGGCUGCAGCUGGCUCACAGCAAGAUGACCAAGAGUCAGAAGCUGCUGCUGACCAUCCAGACCGGCAUCGACAACCUCUACAUCCGCCUGAUUGGCAUCCCCCUGCCCACAGGCCAGAAGGAAGCAGCGCCCUCGACCACCCUGGACAUGUACAGCAAGCUGGCGUACUGCGAGGGGAGGCUGCUAUACCUGGCUGACCGAGUGCAGACGCUGGCUGGAACGGAGGAGGUCAACAACAAGGUGAGGGAUGUGCUGGAGUCCUCUACCCUGAAGGAGAAGCAGAACACCAGGAUCAGCUUUGAGGAGACGGAGGAGGACGUCAUAGAGACCUUCCAGUUCGCCGACGUGGACCACAGUUACGUGCCCUCGCGGGCCGAGAUCAAGAGGCAGGGUCAGCGGCUGAUGGAGGAGAAGCUCAAGGUGGCCAAGAAGAAGAAGAAGUGA